CCAAAGAUCGUCUAGAAAAUUCCGUGUGGCGAAUCGCGCGAAAAUAAAACAGGUGAGUGCGACGGACGCGCGUCACUUUCCGAUGCCAGUGCGGCAAUCGAUUUCGAUCGUAACGAACUUUACUUGGGGGGCUUUCGUCUAAAGACGUCUAAAGGCAAAACGCAACUUUUCUAUUAUUAGUGCGGCAAAGGUUUGUUGUGGCAGAGCUGCAUCGUGGAUGUGAGUGAGAGCAACAACUGGUCCAGUUUUUGACUAGGAGAUCAUCGGAAAACUGCAUCGAUCGAACGAUCACAAUGUCCUACUUCUACGAACCCUACAACGGCUUCCAAAAGCGCUCGGAAUUCUUCCAAAGCAACAUGUCCCAAAACAUGCACAACUUCAUGUCCCCCUUCGUGACCUCCAAGCCCCAGGUCAACGUCAAGGAAGCCUUUGAAGUCAGCGUGGACGUACAACAAUUCGCCCCGCACGAGCUGUCCGUCAAAGUCACAGACGAGAACGUCGUCACAGUAGAAGGCAAACACGGCGAGAAAAGAGACCAGCACGGCACAAUAUCCAGACACUUCGUGCGCAAAUACGACAUACCGCAAGGCUACGACACCACCAAAAUCGAAUCCCGCCUCUCGUCGGACGGCAUCCUCACCAUCCUCGUCGGCAAGUUCGUGAAGGAGAAACGCGACUUCACCGUUCCUAUCAAGCAAACCUUCCAGCCGAAGAAAACGACGUUCCAACCUGAAUCGCCGGCGCCGAAGGUGGACGUCAACUCGAACCACCAGACGGUGGUGGACGAGCAGAAAAUCGCAGACUCGCCCAGGAUUAUGGAGGAGAAGUUCAGGAAGCCGAACGAACGGCUGAUCAGGGUGCAGAUGGAACAGACGCCGGAGAGGGAUGCCAAAACUAACGGCAACCAAACUGCUCUUUAAUAUGUGUAUUUGUGUUGUCAAAAUAAGUAUUAGGAGUUCGAUGUUGUGUAUAUAAUUGUGAUGUUUAAUAAAGCUUAUUUAUUUUUUUAGACUUAAUAUUAAGACGAAUUGUUGUGUAUGAUGGUACGAAAUAACAAGGACAUGAGAAGUUA